UUUCAGAGUACGUAUGUACGACGCCACGCCCCACGCACACCGACGCCACUCUUUCUCCAUCAAAAAUAAAUCCAAAUUCAACUCUUCUAGAUUUUCAUUUUUUUUAUUUAAUUUUUAAAAACCCCAGAAUCAGAUCGCCUUUACCUAUAAAUACCACACUCCUCUACCCGGCUAAACUUCUUUCGCCAGCUUUUGCAACUCGCCGUAGUAAGAUUGGUUUCUCAUCGGAGCGUCUGAUUUGUGAUUUAGAGAUUUUAUUGACUUUUUUUAAUUGGCCUUGAAUUUGAGCUCUUUUCGAUAAGGUUAUGAGGGUUUUAAUCUAACAUUGGCUAUGCUGAUGCAUAAGAUUAGAAUUCUUCACUCGUUUUCGGUAGUUUUCCUCUAUUGGUUCUAUGAAUUUGCACGCUAAGCCCUAAUUUUGUUCUACUGUAUCACUUUCAUUUCAUUUUUUUAUUGCUUUCUUCAAUCAUUCAAUUCCCGAUAUUAGCGGAUCAGACCGAGUGAAAACUGCUAUAGGGGAUUAGGGGUUAGUGAAAAUUAUUUGAUUGUAAAUAACAUUCGAGGAAUGGCUUCAAAAAAAUUGCCAACGAUCCCGGGCUCUGAUUGUGAUGAAAGAAAAAGGAAGCGCAAGCUGUCUAAUCGCGAAUCAGCACGUAGAUCUCGGAUGAAGAAGCAGCAACGCUUGGAUGAGCUGAUUGGAGAGGAGGGCCGUAUAAAGGAGGAGAACAAGAAGCUGAGUCAGAUGAUUGACGCCACUACUAAUCUGCACUUAGACGUUGCGUCCAACAAUAAUGUGCUGAGGGCUCGGAUUUCUGAACUCACUGACCGCCUCAGGUCGCUCAAUUGUGUACUUCAGAUUGCGUCUGAGGUGAGCGGCCUCGUGAUUGAUAUUCCGGACAUCCCGGAUACAUUGCUCGAGCCGUGGCAGCUGCCUUGCCCGAUUCAGUCUACCCCUGCUUCUGUUGAUAUGUUCCAAUGCUGAAAUGGUUGUGAAGGAAGUUUCCAAUGAUCCAUGCUGAUGUUGUACUUUCCCUCUCCCUCUUACUAUUAGGUUGUUGUUGGAUUUGAUCCUACAAUUGUUUUGGUCUCAUGUUUUGGUCUAAUGAGCCGAAGUCUUAUGUUUUGGUCCUACAAUUGUUAUCUCAGCAAAGAUUAGGCUGUUGUUGGAUAUGAUCAUUUGCACUAUUCUCAUGGAAUCUAUUGAAUUAAGUUCCUCUUCUUUAUGCUA